AUGUUGGAGGUGGACAAGAAUCUCCCAAGCUAUGUCUACCACUUUAUGGAUUAUGUUAUCAGAGGGAAAGCGAAUUCUAACUCCCUGAUCCGAGGGCUUGGCCCUGAUGGAACUAUUUCAUGGACCAAUUUGAUCUUUCCAAACCUCCGUGAUGAGUUGAGGCUGCUUGCAAGGGCAGCAGUACUGUCCAAACCAUAUGAACCUGACCCAUCAUAA